AUGUCGUCCUCCAGCUCCUCGACCGGUGCUAAAAUCAAUCAGAAGCUCGACACGCUGCCUGCAGCGGUUGCAGACAAGCUCCCACAAGUUCCGGAAUCGCAAGCUGAGUUGAAAGAAGAUGCGAAGGUCGCCGCGCAGAAGUCUCUGCAGGGCCUGAGGAGUCUGGCUGCGGGGGGCUUUGGAGGUGUAUGCGCUGUAAUCGUUGGGCACCCAUUUGAUCUUGUCAAGGUUCGACUGCAAACGGCUGAGCGGGGGGUCUACAACGGAGCUUUUGACGUGGUAAAGAAGGCUAUCGCGAGAGAUGGAUUAAGAAGAGGUUUAUAUGCUGGCGUGAGUGCGCCUUUAGUAGGCGUAACUCCUAUGUUCGCGGUAUCAUUCUGGGGAUAUGAUGUUGGUAAAGGGCUCGUACGCAGAUUUUCCACCGUCAGAAAUGAUCAACUUUCAGUCGCACAGGUCUCCGCCGCUGGAUUCUUCUCUGCGAUACCCAUGACCCUUAUCACAGCACCAUUCGAACGAGUGAAGGUCCUCCUUCAAAUACAGGGUCAGAAACAGCUGGCACCGGGAGAGAAGCCAAAAUAUAGUGGCGGUGUUGACGUUGUACGUCAAUUGUAUAAAGAGGGAGGAGUACGAUCAGUCUUUAGAGGCUCAUUUGCGACUCUGGCAAGAGAUGGUCCAGGUUCCGCAGCAUAUUUCGCGACAUACGAAUAUAUCAAGAGAAGGCUGACACCAGUCGACCCAACCACUGGGAAGGCGAGCGGAGAUCUAAGUUUGGUGGCAAUCACUUGCGCGGGAGCUGCUGCGGGAGUCGCGAUGUGGAUACCAGUUUUCCCAAUUGAUACAGUGAAGAGCAGAUUGCAAACUAUGGAUGGAAAGCCAACUGUCUCAGGGGUUAUAAAUGGGUUAUAUAAGAAUGGAGGAUUCAAAGCUUUCUUUCCUGGAUUUGGACCAGCCCUUGCGAGAGCUGUACCUGCAAAUGCGGCAACUUUCCUUGGUGUUGAAUUAGCUCAUCAGUUUAUGAACAAAACGUUCGGAUGA